UUAAGAAAUCUGACUUGAUGACGCACUUGCCGGAAGUCGUCACAGAAGAGAAAAUGGCGGAAGCGGCUAAUGAAGCGGAGCUACUCAAGGAGAAGGCGAAUAAGUACUUUAAAGAGAAAGAUUAUGAAAAUGCGAUCAAGUUCUACUCGGAGGCUUUGGACCUCAACCCAUCCAACGCCAUCUACUACAGCAACCGCAGCCUGGCGUACCUGCGCACGGAGUGCUAUGGCUACGCCCUGGCGGACGCCACCAAGGCGCUGGAGGUGGACAAGAACUACAUCAAAGGCUAUUACCGCCGCGCCACCUCCAACAUGGCUCUGGGGAAGUUCAAAGCUGCUCUGAAGGACUACGAGACGGUCGUCAGAGUCCGACCGAACGACAAAGACGCCAAGAUGAAGUACCAGGAGUGCAACAAGAUCGUGAAGCAGAAAGCCUUCGAGAGAGCCAUCGCCAGCGACGAGACGAAGAAGUCUGUGGUGGACUCUCUGGACAUCGAGAGCAUGACCAUCGAGGACGACUACGCCGGCCCCAAACUGGAAGACGGGAAGGUGACGGUCGGCUUCAUGACGGACAUGAUGGAGUGGUUCAAAGAGCAGAAGAAGCUGCACAGGAAGUGUGCGUAUCAGAUUCUGGUGCAAGUUAAAGACGUUCUGUCAAAGUUACCCAGUCUGGUGGAAGUGACCCUGAAAGAGACAGAUCAGUUAACUAUUUGUGGGGACACGCACGGGCAGUUCUACGACCUCCUCAACAUUUUCAAGCUGAACGGUUUACCGUCAGACGCCAACCCUUACCUGUUCAACGGGGACUUUGUGGACCGCGGCUCCUUCUCCCUGGAGGUCAUCCUCACUCUGUUUGGCUUCAAGCUGCUCUACCCCGACAACUUCCACUUACUGAGAGGAAACCACGAGACGGACAACAUGAACCAGAUGUACGGCUUCGAGGGCGAGGUCAAAGCCAAGUACACGGCGCAGAUGUUCCAGCUGUUCAGCGAGGUCUUCCAGUGGCUUCCUCUCGCUCAGUGCAUCAACAGCAAAGUGCUGGUGAUGCACGGCGGGCUGUUCAGCGAAGACGGCGUCACGUUGGAUGACAUCAGGAAGAUCGACAGAAAUCGACAACCUCCAGACUCAGGCCCCAUGUGUGACCUUCUCUGGUCAGACCCGCAGCCUCAGAACGGACGGUCGGUCAGCAAGAGGGGCGUGAGCUGCCAGUUCGGCCCCGACGUGACGGAGCGCUUCCUGGAGCAGAACAAGCUGGACUACAUCAUCCGCAGCCACGAGGUCAAAGCUGAGGGUUACGAGGUCACCCACUCAGGGAAGUGCAUCACCGUCUUCUCAGCGCCCAACUACUGUGACCAGAUGGGAAAUAAAGGAGCAUACAUCCACCUCAGGGGAUCAGACCUCAAGCCAGAGUUCCACCAGUUCACAGCUGUGCCUCAUCCGAAUGUCAAGCCCAUGGCGUACGCCAACACGCUAAUGCAGCUGGGGAUGAUGUAGAGAGGGAGCGGACUCCGAGGACGUCCCGUCAGACCCGCAGCAUCCCUGCCGCCUCAUUCCCUGCAGCACUCGGACAUGCUUAGCCCCAGGGACCCCCCUCCUCAACAAACUAGUCGUAAGCAGAAAAACCAUGUAGUUCUGAUGGGAAGAGACCACUGAGACCAGCCGCGUUCAGAGCUGGUCGUAGUAUUUUCACGUCAGUUAAACUGGAAAAUCCACCUUUCCGUUGUUCCUUUUCCUGAUCUUUUGUUCCAGCGGGGAUACGGAGAGCGACCUCCCAACACUUUUGGAUGAUUUCUUUUCUUUCUUUGAGCUGCUUGGGUUUUAAAUCUGAGACGCUCAGCUGGUGGCUCUAAAUAGCUGGUUUGUACCAAAGAUCUGUAUUGAAUGAUUGUUCAGUUUUAGCAAGAAGACGGAGUGAGUCUGAAACCUGCAGUUCUUUAGCUGGUUCAGGAGCAGCAUCAGUGUUACCCAAACCGCCUCCAGCGUCAGCUUGCUUUUUAAUUCAUCAGGAAUUUGAAUCCGACCACGAUUCCGAAGUCUCUGGGUUCAGUCAUAAAGGUGCUGUUUGCCAUACGUGAUGUAUUUUGCUGAGAACGUGACUUUUUGCACUUCUGCGUCGCUUCCCAUCGGGAAAGUACUGUUGCACUCCAGGUUGUUCAUCCUCGACCGUCAUCGUGCCACCGCGGCGGGCCGCUCCCGCACAGCCCGCUCUGCGUACGGAGCGAAACGCCGACGGCACUCGAGUCUUCAGCACAUGUUCAUCACGGCCGACUCACUGACCCCAAACGUUCUGUCAUCACACAAACGUCCAGAAAACAAUCCUGUCUUGAAACGCACAGAAGCAUUGUCCAACGACUCAACUUUUUAGGUAAAAGAAUACACGGAUGUGUAUGUAUAUAUAUACUGUAUCAUUUAAAGAUUCUGUGUAAUGUUUGGAGAAAAUUAUUGAAUAAAAAAAUCCAGUCCAGUGAUUAGACAAA